AUGAUUGAUUUAAAGACGUUGGGGAACAACGCCUUCAAGGCAGGAAACUUCAAAGAGGCAGCAGAUUUUUUCACGAAGGCUAUUGAAUUGAACCCAAACGACCACGUGCUGUACUCAAAUAGGUCAGGUGCAUACGCCUCUAUGUCUAUGUACACGGAAGCCUUGUCAGAUGCAAACAAAUGCAUAGAACUGAAGCCGGAUUGGCCAAAGGGAUAUUCCAGAAAGGGGCUGUGCGAAUAUAAACUGGGAAACCACGAAGCAGCGAAAGAAACAUAUAAAUUAGGCUUAAAAUUUGACCCCGAAAACGAGGCAUUGAAAAAGGCACUAUACGAUGUGGAAAAUGACUUCUCGCAUCAGUAUAUGCAAUCUUUGAUGAUGGUGACCAGGCUCAUACAGGAGAACCCGAACUUGCAGAAGUACCAGAGCGAGGACCCGGAGUACGCGUCAAAGUUGGCAAGCACACUUGCAAGGAUGAAUCACGACCCAAGUGUAUUGCAACAGAUACUAAAUGACCCAAAUCCAGCAAUAAGAGAUGGGCUCAUGGCAUCGAUGGGAAUGAACAUGCCCACCGAAAAGAGAGAAACACAAUACGAGAAGCCGAAGGAGCCGGAGAAAUCGGAGCCUAAGGAGAAUUUGACGCCAAGUCAACAAGAGGCAAAUAAGCUAAAGGAGGAAGGAAAUAACCUGUAUAAGCAGAAGAAGUUCGAAGAGGCGCUGGAGAUGUACAACAAAGCGUCGGAACUUGACCCGGAAAACCUGCUGCUAGAAAACAAUAAGGCAGCAGUGUACCUGGAGAUGGGAGAGUACGAAAAGUGCGUAAAGACGUGCAACGACGCAAUAGAAAGAAGAUACGACGUGAUGGCGGACUUCACAGUCGUGUCAAAGAUCUACAACAGGCUCGCGAGCUGCUACACGAAGAUGGAAAAGUACGACGACGCAAUAUCGGCAUACCAGAAGUCGCUGAUAGAGAACAACACGAGGCAGACGAGAAGUUUGCUGAAGGACGUCGAGAGGCUGAAGGACAAGAAGGAAAGAGAGGCGUACAUUAACCCGGAGUUGGCAGAACAACAUCGCGAGAAGGGAAACGAGUAUUUUAAGGAGUUCAAGUUCCCAGAAGCAAAGAAAGAAUACGAUGAGGCAAUCAAAAGGAACCCGAAAGACGCAAAACUCUACUCAAACAGAGCGGCAGCACUGUUGAAGCUAUGCGAAUACCCAUCGGCACUUAACGACUGUAACAAAGCAUUGGAAUUGGAUCCACUCUUUGUAAAGGCAUGGGCACGCAAAGGGAACCUGCACGUGCUCAUGAAGGAGUACCACAAGGCAAUGGACGCAUACGACAAGGGGCUCAACAUCGAUGCCCAGAGUCCGGACUGUCUACAGGGAAAAUACAACUGUAUGGCCAAGAUUCAAGAGAUGAACAAAAGCAGCGAAGUGGACGAACAGCAAUACAAGCAGGCAAUGUCGGACCCAGAAGUGCAGCAAAUCAUGGGAGACCCGCAGUUCCAACUCAUACUGAGGAAACUGGCAGAAAACCCAUCAUGUGUAUCGGAGUACAUGAAGGACCCGAAGAUAGCAAAGGCAGUGGAAAAGUUAAUAGCAGCCGGUAAGGGAACGUUGGAGAAUAUAAAUAGUAAUGAAGAAAAGCAUUGGAAAAAUAGCGUAAUAGAUAUAUAG